GCGAGAAGGAUGGGCUCCAUUGAAGAAGAAUCACCUCUCAUCGAAGAAGGUUUAAUCUCACAGGAACCAAAACUGUAUGCUGAAGAUGGUUCAGUGGACUUUCAUGGAGACCCACCAUUGAAGGAGAAAACAGGCAACUGGAAAGCUUGUCCUUUCAUUUUAGGUAAUGAAUGCUGCGAGAGACUAGCUUACUAUGGUAUUGCUGGGAAUCUAAUCACUUACCUCACCACUAAACUACACCAAGGAAACGUUUCCGCUGCUAGAAACGUCACCACAUGGCAAGGCACUUGUUAUCUCACCCCUCUCAUUGGAGCUGUCUUAGCCGAUGCUUACUGGGGCAGAUACUGGACCAUCGCUUGUUUCUCCGGCAUUUACUUCAUCGGGAUGUCUGCACUAACUCUUUCAGCCUCAGUUCCAGCACUGAAACCAGCUGAAUGCAUUGGCGGUUUCUGUCCAUCAGCAACACCAGCUCAGUACGCAAUGUUCUUUGGCGGGCUCUACCUCAUCGCCCUCGGCACUGGAGGCAUCAAACCAUGCGUCUCAUCCUUCGGUGCAGACCAGUUUGAUGACACUGACUCUCGUGAACGAGUUAGAAAAGCUUCCUUCUUCAACUGGUUCUACUUCUCCAUCAACAUUGGAGCACUAGUCUCUUCUAGUCUCCUUGUCUGGAUUCAAGAGAAUCGCGGGUGGGGUUUAGGUUUCGGUAUACCAACAGUGUUCAUGGGACUAGCCAUUGCAAGUUUCUUCUUUGGCACACCUCUUUACAGGUUUCAGAAACCUGGAGGCAGCCCUAUAACUCGAAUCUCCCAAGUCGUGGUCGCCUCGUUCCGUAAAUCAACUCUUAGAGUCCCUGAAGACGCAACGCUUCUAUAUGAAACGCAAGAUAAGAACUCUGCUAUUGCUGGAAGUCGAAAAAUCGAACAUACCGAUGAUUGCCAGUAUCUUGACAAAGCUGCUGUUAUCUCAGAAGAAGAAUCCAAGGCCGGAGACUUUACCAACUCGUGGAGGCUAUGUACCGUUACACAAGUCGAAGAACUCAAGAUUUUGAUAAGAAUGUUCCCUAUCUGGGCUUCAGGUAUCAUCUUCUCAGCUGUAUACGCACAAAUGUCUACAAUGUUUGUUCAACAAGGCCGUGCCAUGGACUGCAAAAUAGGAUCUUUCCAGCUUCCUCCAGCAGCACUGGGGACGUUUGACACAGCUAGUGUCAUCAUCUGGGUUCCACUUUACGACAGGUUCAUCGUCCCAUUAGCUAGACGGUUCACUGGAGUAGACAAGGGUUUCACUGAGAUACAGAGAAUGGGGGUAGGUCUGUUUGUCUCUGUUCUUUGUAUGGCAGCUGCAGCCAUUGUCGAGAUCAUACGGCUUCGUUUAGCCAAUGAGUUAGGACUAGUGGAUUCUGGAGCUCCUGUUCCUAUAUCUGUGUUAUGGCAGAUCCCACAGUACUUCAUCCUCGGUGCAGCGGAAGUGUUUUACUUCAUAGGGCAGCUUGAGUUUUUUUAUGACCAGUCUCCUGAUGCGAUGAGAAGUUUGUGCAGUGCUUUGGCUCUUUUGACUAAUGCUCUUGGGAACUACUUGAGUUCGUUGAUCCUCACGUUGGUGACUUACUUCACGACUAUGAAUGGUGGAGUAGGUUGGAUAUCGGAUAAUUUGAACACGGGUCAUCUUGAUUACUACUUCUGGCUUUUGGCUGGGCUUAGCCUUGUGAACAUGGCGGUUUACUUCUUCUCUGCGGCUAAGUAUAAGCAGAAGAAGGCUUCGUAGUGAUAAUGUUGUUUGUUUUAUCUCUCCUUUCAUUACAUACAAAGUUUGUUUCUUUUCAUGUGUAAAUUCUCCGUCUGUUUUUCAAGAACAGUUGUUGUGUAUUCGUUUCUUUCAUCAAAUUCCAAAAAGUUUC